AUGUCGGCCAUAAACAUGCGAUCCGUCAUUGCAGCCUGUCUUGUAUUACUAGUCUCUGCCAACCCCAUCCCCCCAUCCCAGGAUCCUUGGUAUGAUCAGCCCGAUGAUAUUGCCAGUUACUCGCCUGGCGACCUGAUUCGGUUUCGCGAGAUCCCGGCACAACUGCAGCCAUUCUUGUCAUCCAUUCCCGCUAAUGUCUCAACAAAGGCGGCAUACCAGUACUUUUAUCGCACCACUGACAGUCUGGGGGACCCUGUCGGCGCCGUGGUGACUUUAAUCGAGCCUUACAAUUCAGACCCAUCUAAAUUGCUCGCCUAUCAGACACCUUAUGACAGCGCUUCUCUAGACUGCAGUCCUUCAUACACAGUCCAGGCGCGAACAUCAGACGGCUUUGGGGGCUUCAGCCUUCCCGAGACCAAUACAUCAACGGACAUUCCGUUUAUCGCUGCCGCCCUCAACAAAGGAUGGUGGGUGUUGACUACCGACUAUGAGGGACUCGAAGCACAAUUCACCGCUGGCUUACAGUCUGGUCAUGCAACACUGGAUUCAGUCCGCGUUGUGCUGAAGGAGGCGCCCCGUGUUGGACUAUCCAAGGACCCCCGAUACGCCCUCUGGGGAUAUUCUGGCGGUGCUCUCGCCUCUGCAUGGGCUGCUGAGCUCCAACCAACAUAUGCACCAGAGCUCGGCUUCGCUGGUAUUGCGUUGGGGGGGCUCACUCCCAAUGUUAGCUCUGUCCUUGAAACAAUCAACAAUAGCUCCUUCACUGGCCUGGCGUUUUCUGGCAUAUACGGACAGGCCAAGGCAUAUCCCAACCUCACAACAUGGCUGGAUCAAAAUCUGCUUCCCGAAAAGGCAGACAAGUUCUGGGCUGCAGCUAAUAGUUGCCUUUCCGGAGCCGGCGACGUUGGCGGGAAUGAAGACAUGUACACUUAUUUCAAGAACGGGAAGGAGUCGUUUUAUGAUCCUGUUCCGCAGUCAAUCUUUCAUUAUUCCGGCCAAAUGGGCAUCCGGGAUACGCCGACCGUGCCGCUGUUUGUGUACAAAGCCGUGGGAGAUGAAGUGAGCCCUGUCGAAGACACCGAUAUGCUGGUAGACAAGUACUGCUCACAGGGGGCCCGAAUCGAAUACCACCGCGAUUGGGUUGGCGAACAUGUUUCUGAGGCCAUUGCUGGAUCCGCGAGCGCAAUGAACUGGGUAUCUGAACGGCUGAACGGGGAGGAUGUUGAUGAAGGCUGCCGCACGAAGCAGGUGGUCUUGAGUGAGUUGGAUCCGGCCACGGUUCUGACUCUAGGCGAAGAGAUAUUUGCCUUUUUGCAGAGCAUUCUGGGUGGUAUGCUAGGGUAG